GAUCAGAAACACAAACUCCUAGCUGAGACUUGUCAAAUGGCAGAAAGUACUCAACGUUGUAGUCUCCACGAUAAAGUCAUUUGAACUCCUACACCACAGUAGCAUAGCACAUAAGUAAGUCGAUAACAAAACUAUAAAAACUAAUCCACAUACCAUGCUACUAGUAUGAUCUUAUAUAAACAGUUAACAUUGUGAAUUAUUAUAAAAUGUUCAUACACGUGAUGCAUGUCUCAUUUCUCUACUCCGACUAACUAGUAUGAUAUUGGUAAAUAGGUCAUGUUCCUAUUUAAUGCAGAAUAGUUGGUUGCUUACACACAUAAGUAAUUUAUUUACACAAAAUGAAAUUCACUAUAGGUGCUGGCAAACCAAGAUGAGGAGAGAAAGAAAUAGAAAGGAAACGGAUUCCAUGAGAGUAACCAGAAAGCAAAAAGAUAUGAAAAGGAUGUGAAAGAACUCGACAUGGAUCAAACUCAAGCAGCAGUCUUUGAAGUGUCGAUGCUUGAAUAAUUUACAAUAUUAUCGUAUUCGGCCCAAAGGCCAAAGUAAUAUACUAGUAUAUAGAUACUAUCAUAAGCUAUUCAUCACAUACAAUCUUUUCUUUUAGUAAUAAACUACACAUCUUGUAAAAUAUCAUUACAAACUGAACGUGCGAAUAAUGUCAAUCUCUGAAAAUAUCUUCAUGUGAAAAAAACAGUGUAGAUUUAGGCAUUUACUGGAGAAGAACAAAAAGGUGGACCACUCAACGGGUUGCGACGAAAUACAAAGUCUUACACAAACGUUGAUAAUUUGCAUUUGCGAAGGUUGUGGUCACAAGAAAGUGUUAUAUUUCACUCAUACCAUGUGAUGUGACUACCACACACUCCUCCAAUGUUAUUUACAUUGUAGUUUCUUUUGGGGUUAAAUUAUUGCAAGUUACAACAUGCAUGGGACCCAAUCUUGGCGAUAAUGUCAAUUUUUUUUUCUAUCUUCAACAAUCAAGAUUGUCUGAUGAAAGAUAAUAAACCAUAAAAUGAGGCAAAAGUUUGAAUAGGUAAUUUAAAGCGAAAUGGCGCAUCCUUAACGUUAGCAAAGUGUAUGUCAAAAAUAGAUGUCCAUAUUAACAUCUGCAAACAGAUGUAUGAAACCAUAGAUGGGCAGCUAAUUUAUAAUUUUAUAUUAACCAUGAAUGGUCUUUUAUUUUUUACACACGGAAAUAAAAGACCAAAGAAGAAAGACUUUUUCACUCAGAAGUUCCAUUUUCCCUGGAGAAAUAGAAUUGGAUUUAAAAGAAAAUUGUGUAAAUUACUAAAGAAAAUAAAACCUGUUUGCAUGUUGACUUGACCAGUGCGACGCGACACUAAGACCAAUCCAUCCUUUGAAACCAGCAUUACGCGGUUACGUAGAUUCCCGUCACAGCCCAGUUAUCGUCCUUUAAAAUGUGAAAGCUCAACGAGUCACUUUAACACUCGCAGUCCUCUCUUACUCAUAAUAGUCUUUUUCAUUUUCUCCAAUCAACAACCAAAGUUUGUACCCUUUUUUUUUGCAAUCCUUCGAGAUCUUUAACACGAGUGACCUUCAAAGACUGUCUCUUAGUUUGUUGACAAAAAAAAAAAAAAGUAACUCAAUUCUCUUACCUUUAUCUCUGCUCUGCUUUGGUUUGGUUUGUUUACUUGAUGUUCUGUUUCAUUGUCAAAUUGUCUUACAAAUAUAUGUUUAUCAAACUUGGCAGAAUCUUGAAACUUGCUGUGUUAGAUGGGAAUUGACAUCACUACCCGGAUAGAGAAGUUGCCUCAUUCCUUCAAGAUGCACUCUUCCAUGUGCUUAGAGUUAAAGAACUUAGUUGAUAGUAUCAUGAGCAUCUUUCCUGAUAUAGAAGAUGCUCGACCCGGAUCCUCCUCAGGGAUACAGACUCUAUGUUUGCUCAACAAAGCUUUGGAGAAAGCUAAGCUGCUUCUUCAGUACUGCAGCGAAUCCAGCAAACUCUACAUGGCAGUAACAGGAGAUGGUAUACUCUCAAGAGGUUGUAGAGCCAAGAAGUUAUUAGAGCAAAGCUUAUCUGACAUCAGAAGCAUGAUAACUCAAAUAGUCCAAGAUCUGAGAUCAACUGUGUUGUCUCUUGAACCAUCUGAAGAAGAAGCUGGGAAAGCUGUUAGAGAACUGAUGCAGCUGGGCACAUCUUCUCCUGAUGAGAUUAGAGAUUUCCAUUAUGCAGCGGUGAAGCUCCAUCUUUCAACUCCUGAGGCAAUUGUGAUUGAGAGAAGAUCCUUAAAGUCGCUUUUAGUGAAACUAGGGGACAAGAGACAGGUUCUGAAGUAUCUUCUCUGUCUUUUAAAGAAGCAUGAGGAGAUCAUUUUGAGAGAUAACUCUUUCACGCAGCUUCAGUCUGUUGAUGAUCUUGUGUGUGCUAGUGCUGUAGAAGCCGGGUGUACUGACUUCAACUCAAGCUUCUCGACUGAAUCAGGAACUGAAGUCACAGACUCUACUCACAGGGAGGUGGAGAUAGGCUCUCUCUCUUCCCUCUUGAAGAUGGCAGAGUCUGGAGCAGACCAUCUCCAGGAAGACGCUAUGAACACACUCAAGAGCCUCUCCUCGAGCAACGAGAUUUGUCUGGAAAUGGUUUCUCUCGGUUUCGUCAAGAAACUCACAUCUUUCUUGCAACAAAGCGUGUUCAGCAAGCAAUCGAUCAUCAUUCUAAGGAACCUCUGCAACACGGAGAAAGGAAGGGUUUGUAUAACGGAAACACCUGGUUGUUUAGCUUCAAUAGCUGAACUGCUGGACUCAGAUGUUACCGAGGAGCAAGAGAAUACAAUCUCCAUCCUCUUACUUCUUUGUGUGGAGAAGAUAGAGUAUUGCAGCCUUGUUGUGAGAGAGGGCGUUGAUAUUUACUCAUCUCUUUUCUUGAUAUCCAACAAUGGAACGGAGGAAGCCAAGGUUGGUGCAUCAGAGUUGCUUAGAGCUCUUGAAGAAGUAGAUUCCAACAGUCCUCCAGAAGGUGCAACUACUUCACAGGCUGUUAUUACUCCAGUUAAGCAUCAAGAACCGAUGCUAACAACUCCAUCUCUGAAGAAGUCUGGUCUUUUUGGACUCAGAUUCCCAUUCUCAAGUAGAAGAAACGUUUGUUAGGGUGUUUUAAUUUAAGCCUUUUUUUGUCUAGUUUUCUAUAUACUAAUGUAAGUGUAGUUGUAAGUUAAAUGGGAGAAGGACUGUGAGGACAAAUUUGAUUUCCUCUGUCUUUAUAAUAAAAUAAAUGGUUUCCUCUGUC